AUUUCCGCUGCUGCCACGCAAAUGUAACAUGAUGGCGUAUUGUUAUUGUGUGCUGUCAAAACACCUUGAAUAUUUGUAAAUCCUGUAUUUGUUUUAUAAAUAUGUAAUUUUAAUGUAUUGUUCUGGUGUUAUUUUAAGACUGAAAUGGUCUUAACACGUGGUUUGUUUGGAUUAUGAGAACCCAUCAUUUCCGAAAGCAAGCACAACGUUUCAACGCCUAUCAUUAACACUGAACAAACAGCAAUAUUGCUAAUCUGUUUCUUAAUAUGGGCAUUGCAGGAGGAUAGAAUCUAAACAUUUGCAAUGAAACAUACAGUCUCAAAUAAGAUCUUAUGAUAUUAUGAACUCAACUUCAAUGGUGCACACAAGUAAAUAUGAGAAGAUAUCAACUACCAAUGUAAGGCAAGAUUCAAGAAGUCAGAGUUUACCUCAAGAUUUGGAUGACAGCAUACAGAAGGACAAUGCAAUCUCAGAGAACCUAGACACUCAUGGGCUGUUAGCAAAGAAGGAAUGUCUCACAAUAGUGUCUCAGGAUAGUUGGUUCAAUACAUGGCCUGAGAGAUGUGACAAAAACAAAUUGGCAACCACACCUGACAAUCUUAGUUUGAUAGUGAGUAAUGGUCAACAGAAGGCAGAUGAUUGUGAUACAAACAUGACAAACAUGAAUGGAAAAUUUACUCUUGAUGAAGCCUUGCAAAAUAUUUCACUAGCUUAUAGUCCAGUCACCAAACAGCUUCAUUUUGUGGAGCACAAGUCUCUAAAUCAUGAAAAUCUUGAAGAAACUGAUAAUAAUAAAAAGGCUCUUGUGGAUUUGACUGAUGCAAAGCAUAUAGAUUUACAGGAUACAUCUGAAUUAAGCAAUAACUUUAUAAUUGGCAAAAGUUUGGGACAUAGAAGAAAUGAACCUGGUUCGUAUUCAAGUACAAUUUCAACAUUAAGUGAUCCUUCACCUUCUGGCAGUCUCCUAGAAUCAGAUGACAGGUCUUCAACUAGUGGGUGUGAAUCAGGAGCAACUCAACAGAGGAAAAGUUUUAGCACUUUCUUUAACAAAAAUGUCUUUUCCUGGAAAUCUGCCAUUACAUCACCAUCAAGCACUACAUCUGUUUGGAAAAUAUUUGGAAAAACUUCCGAUACUGCUAGCAGUUCACCACAACAUUCAGUAGUUAGUUCAUCUGCUUUAAUACCAAAUAUGAGACCAUCAAACUUGCCAGCAAAAUCAGAGGAGGAAGAGUUACGUCAUCAGGAAGAAUACAAAGCAAUGUUAGCAGCCGCAAAAAGAAAAGAAGCUUUAUACUCAGUAGCAAAACAAAAACAUCAAAAGAUGCAACUUCAACUAGAAGAACAGCAGGCUCAAUCAACUAAACAUUUCACUCGAAAUGUCUUAACAAACUGGGACAAAACAUACAAUACUCGAAAAACCAGAGACCUAUGGUGGCUCGGAUUGCCUUCAAGCGUUCGUGGUCGAGUCUGGCGUUUCGCGAUUGGUAAUGAUUUGAAUCUAACACAGCAACUAUACGAAAUCUGUUUGUCACGAGCGCAGAGUAGAUUAAACAAUCUCGAUCCCACUCGAAGUGAAUCGGAAAACGAUCAGGAAAGCAGCAUGGACGUAAUCCAAUUAGACAUUUCGCGAACCUUUCCCAGCUUGUGCAUAUUUCAAGAGGGCGGCCCGUAUUCGGAAGUCCUGCAUUCACUACUUGCUGCAUAUGUGUGCUACCGUCCCGAUGUCGGCUACGUCCAAGGCAUGUCAUACAUUGCCGCCAUUUUAAUAUUAAACAUGGAGGAGAUUGACGCCUUUGUGUGUUUUGCGAAUCUGUUAAAUCGACCGUUGCACGUGUCGGCCUUCACUCUCAAUCAGAUUCAAAUGCAAGCGUAUUACAACGCUUACAACGAGAUAUUCAACUACAACUUGCCGAAAUUGUAUAAUCACUUUGAAUGCUCCGGAUUGACGCCUGACUUGUAUCUCUUAGAUUGGAUUUAUACGAUUUUUGCAAAAGCAAUGCCUUUGGAUAUUGCCUGUCGGAUUUGGGAUUUAUUUCUGCGCGAUGGAGAUGAAUUUAUAUUUAGGACAGCUUUAGGUAUUCUUCAUUUAAAUCAAGAGCUUCUCAUGGAAAUGGACUUUCUGCACGGUGCCCAGUUCUUAACACGGUUACCGGAUGAUUUGCCCGUCGAUCAAUUAUUCAAGAGCAUUCAAACAAUCAGCACGAGCAUAGGCAAACAAACUUUUAAUUUAGUUGUGGAAAAGUGUAGUAACGAAAUCAUGUCCGAGUCGCAAUAAUGUCCAUUUGUUAUCAAAAUGUAAAUUGUGUAUUGAUAUUGAACCCAACGAGCAGAUCGUGGUUGCAUACACAUUUUUAAUUUCCGUCCAGAAGAUUAAAAACGGAUCAAAACGUAUCUGACUCGACGCGCGAAAUCGUAACUCGAAUAUUCAUGUCACAGUUGUGUAUCUGUAAUCUCAUCUAUCUAUUGAUUAACAAGUGUUGUAAUGGCUGUGUCCUUAUGGAAUGAUCAACAGUUUGUGAAUAGAUCAACAAACGAAACUAUGUAAAUAUUAUAAUAUAAUAUGAUUGUCUUAGUUACGAGUGUCACUCUUGGAUAUUACAAGACUGCACAUCAAAGAAUAACUUCACGAAUUGAUAUCGAAAUCGAAAUGUGUAUAAGCGAAUCUAAUAUUAAUUAAUUAAUACAUACACCAUUAUUACAAAUGACAAAUGCAAUAUUUAAUAGCAGUAAUACUCACGCAUCUAUAUUAUUUUAACUCAAAUGUCUUUUUUGCGUUAAAGUAUUCAGAGAUAUAUUUAUUUCGAAAUUUAUUAUUAUCUUGUAUACUUUUAUGAAUCUUUACUUAUAUACAAAUUUUCAUAAGGUUCCUAUAAUCACUGAUCAUAUUUACGAUAAAUUUACACAAACUAAUGCAAAACAUUUUACGUAUUAUGAAAGUUCCAAUUGAUUUAGUAACAAUUUAUGAAAAUUUGUUAUAAUAUUUAUGUGAACAAAUUACUAUCCUUAUUUAACAUAUUUAUUGUAAGUAAUACACAAUUAAAUAACGUUAUACUUU